AUGUCAAGGUACAGGCUGCGGAAGGCUAGAAGCAACUGGCCGAUGGGCAAUGAUAACGGACGGUGGGAACCUCCUCCAAUCCACCACAACGGUGAACUUUUCAACCUCAUUAUGAACUAAGAAUAUAAUUUUCAGAACUGCUCCCUUCCGCCGAAAUAGUGGAGACUGCUCCAAUUCAAGCGUCCGUCCCGGAAGACGUUCCGUAUGAAGGCGGUCCUUUGAAUAUGAGGGGAUUUAUGUAUCAUCCGCGGACCAAAAAGUACUACAAAAUGACGAAUGAUCCGUCGCUACCGCAAGGAUUCUCGAGAGCCGAUUUAGACAGGAUGGAGAAGGCGAGAGAGGCUAAAAUUCAGGCGAAUCGACCAAGAUUCACGUCGGGAUCAUUUGUGAAGCGUCCUGUUUACAAGCCGAUCAGUCUGCUGAUGAAUGGUGAGAUUUUCAUGGAAUAUCAGGGAAUAAAUUCUCUUUUUCCAGAUCUGACCCUGGGCCGUUGCACCAUUUCCAGAGCGGAACGGCACAUCCAUGAGAGCCGUCUUUUGAACUGCAGUCCAAUUCCGUCCUUCACCAUCCGGACUCCAAUCGAUCACUACGACAUUGCGGGCUGCGAGUUCCUCGACGUUGCUGAUGGUGGAGACCGUAUCGUCGGCACAUUCACUGUCAAAGCUGACGGUCCGACUCCCCAACACUCUGCUGUUUAUGUCUUCGAAACUGAUUCCAUUGGGGACACCAUUCAGUGAGCUGUUUAUUCAUUUACUUUGUUAUUCAAUCUCAUCCUCGUUCCAGGUCUGAAUGCGAGCGUCGUGAGGCGUGGGAGAUGACUCCGUUCCGUUGCCGUCCAGCCAAUCGCGGAUUCAACAUUCUCGGAAUGACUGUUCAGCCGAUGCUCAAUGACGACGGAAUAUUCGAUGAACCGUCGUAUUUGGACUACGCGGUCACGCGUUUCGAAUCGUUCAUUGUCGAUCAGACACUGGCGAGAGUGGACGCGGAUGUCACCUGCAUGCUGACUGUAACCGCCAGCGAUUCGUAAGUUCUCAGUUGAUCAACUGCCAAACGCUGAUAUCUUUCCAGUGUAAACCGUCACGGAGCCGUCUGCUCUCACUGUACCGUCCAUCUCGAGCCACUCGCUGAGCUCAGUAACCCAGAGGCGACUCCCACUUUGAACUCUCCGAUCUACAACAAACGAUGGCGCGAGAAGGGAAACAUCUGGAGUGUUGGCUGGAAUGCGCCCCAAAUGUCGAUUGGAUUCGGCCUGGAGUCCUGCUUCCGCUUUGAAAAUCUGCUCACCGAUCGCAGUUUUCUAAUGUCGAGUCGAAAGAAAAACGUGCUCACUCAUUGUUUCUCGGUCGACGGCAAUCUUGUUUAUAUGGGGCUCCGUGGAGACGACGUCAUCAAGUCAGACCUCCGAAUGGAUCGAGAUCAUAUCACCGGACAGCUGAAUGGAGCACGCUCGUCGACUUUCGUGCGAGUUCUCGAGAAGAGCCGCCCGGAAUGCGUCGUCACCGAGGGAUUCGAUUCGCUCAUCAGAAUGUGGGAUUUCCGUUGGCCGAAGAAACCGACGAUGGAGAUGCACGGACACCGCAACAACUGCAAUCGUCUCAACGUUUUCUUCGACAGAGAUGAACGCUUUGUAUUUGCCGGUAAAAAUUGCCUGUCUUUGGAUGUGCGUUAUAACGAAAUUAUUUCAGCUGGAUCGGACGGAUACGUUCGUGGAUGGUCGCUCGUUUCUGGUGAUAUGCUGUGCUCCAUAAGAUCCCCGGACCCAUCCAACCCGAUCUUCCCACGGGCAGUCUACUCGGACUGCUGGGGCGGACGCCCUGGCAACGCCGCUCUGAUCAUGGCCGUCGGCGACAGUAUGCGAGUGCACACUCUCGAACUUUGA